AUGAAUCUCUCAAACAACCGCAUCAUCUUCGUCAGUGACAUCACCGACUCACUUGUUGACACUUUCUUAUCGUUCGUUGCUCCCACAAGCGGUCUGGCUCAUCUUGAUCAGAUCUUUGCAAUCUGCAAGCACCUCUGCAAGUCAAACAUUCUGAUUCGCAUCUUCGCCAACUUGUUUCUCCAUCAUAAGAAGCAGUUCAUCAAGCAAAUCCCUGAAUGUGCUUUCGAACGAGCUGUCCUCACACACAUGCAGGAUGUGCUGGGUGAUAUUCUGGUUAACGAUGGAGAUUUCAAGAAGCUUCCCCACAAUCUUUCGGUUCCGGGCUACCAUCCUUGUGAUUAUCAUGCACAUGGAGACAACAAAGAGUGCUAUGUCUGGGGAAGAGUGAUGAAUCCUGGCUGGUGA